UAUUAUUCAUACAUUCUUUUCAGCUGUGCUGUAGAUCGUUCCUUUUCUGAAAUCCAUUGAUUCUACCUUUACAUAUAUAUCUAUAUACAUAUACCAAAAAUCCUUCGAGGCUAGUCUUAAAAAUUCAAUAAAUACUAAAAAUGCAAUUCUCGAACCUCGCAAUUCUCUUCUCGCUCUCAGUAGCAACCCUUGCGGCACCAAUUGAUACAGCCAAACGUGCUACCACGAAAGCUACAAGUGCCAGUGUUCUUACUGCAGGAGACUACAGUACCUUCCAAGUUUCUGACGGAGUAGGCGGAGAUGCUCUGGCGGAAGUCAAUGCCAAAUUUCCUAUCGAUACCUCAAACUUCGCCGGUGUCUCAACUGCUGAUCUAGCUAUAAUAACUAAAGCUGCUCAAAUUUCCGAAGACGCUGAAGUAGGUACCGGUGGUUUCAAUGAUGCUAUUGAUGCUGCAGGUGGGACGAGCUCUACCGCUGGUGCUGCGUUGCAGGUUGGAAAAAUUAAGAACAAGGUUUUAAAAUUACAGACAGACGUUCUGAGGAUUCAGAUACAGACAGCACAGGGGAAUGCUGGGAGCUCGAGUGAACUUGCAACGCAACAAAAGAAGCUCGCGACGAAUGUUGCAUUGGAUGCUGCGCAGGCCGGGAAAACUAGCAAGAGUAUUAGUUUCUCGGGGACAGAUUAAGUCUAGGGUAUGUGGAGGGUAAUAUUGGAGAUGAAAAUACACAUUGAGUAAGUGUGAG